GCGGGGUCGCAGCUCGCAUCCCCCUCUCCCCCUUUCCAACCUUCGCUCGUCCUGCUCCCCUUUGGGCUACGUUUUCUUGGCUUCCCGAAGCAGCGGCUAAAGCAUCUUUCCCGGAUCUACAUUAGAAAGGGGCUUGGACUUUUCAGUCCGGUUUGCAAAGGCAACGAGUGUGCUAGCCAGCGCAGAGUGCAAACCCGCGUGUGUUUUACUCCGUUGUUUAAACAGGAAGAGCUUGUUGUGCUUUUAGAGGAUCGUUUCAAGCCAUUCCCUGUCUAUCUAGAAAAGCCCUCUAAUUUACAUCUAAGACCUGAUGUGAUCCAGCUGCCUCUGUUCCGUUUUAUAGCCAGCUCUAUUUCUAUUUGGCAGUGAAUGUUUUUAACUGUUUAAACCAAAGAGCUUGAUGGGAUCUCUUUGAUUUUGACUGGGUUUAUGCUGUGGUAGUGUAUUGAUAGCAUUUUUCCAUCUGUUUUUAAAGUGUAUUGGAUCGUGAAGAUAGACAUAUAAAUGGUUCUGAGAUGCCCAGGUCUUUGCUUUUUUAUAGGAUGCGCAUGUUAUUUGCAUAUUUACUUAAUCAUAUUUAUUUAGCCUUGAUAUGGAAGAAUAUGAGCAGGAUGUCAGAAUGUAUAUUGAACCUGGAAAUCGGUGAUCUGUUUAAGGUGGACUGGGUGCUAUAAUUGGUUGAUAAUAGGUUAGAUUAAUAUUUUCAGCUGCAUCUCACCCAUUUUGAAUUCAGCCCUGGUCUGCUAAAGCGACAGUAUUUUGAACCUGAUUCCCUGAAUACCUUGGACUGGAUGACUGGAUGGGAUGGAGCAGGAAUAUUCAUUACCUUAUACACCACAGUUUGCACAGUGCAAGGACCCCAGCAGGGAAUUCUAUGAAGAAAGACUUAAUAAAUGUUGCAGUCAGUGCCCUCCAGGUCAAUAUAAGUUAGAGAGCUGCACUGACAGCGUGGACACGCAAUGCAGUCCCUGUGAACCUAACUCAUAUACAGCGAUCUGGAAUUGGUCUCCUCAGUGCUUUGCCUGCUUACCACCUUGCAGGAAAGGUUUUGUGCAGGUUCAAACGUGCACGAAGUCACAGGACAGAAUCUGUAGCUGCCCACCCAAUGAGUAUUGCAUUUCAAAAAUAUACCAGUACUGCAAAAUAUGUAGAGUGCAUAAAAAGUGUGGAAAAGGUUACAGAGUUUCCAAAAGAGGAACAGACAGCACAGAUACAGAAUGUAAACCUUGUCCUCCUGGCACUUUCUCAGAUGAGGAAUCUUAUAAUACCAGCUGUAUACCGCAUAAAGUUUGUAAAUCGGUGGCUAUUCCAGGAAACAGCGUGAAUGACACUGUUUGCAGUGACUCGGGAAUAACACUUGCCACAGCUCUACCUCAUACUGUUGUGAAACCUGUGCUGACCCAAAGUUCGACUUCCAACAGAGCUGAAAUAUUAACUCGACCUGUCAUUCUAAGCGCUGCGCCUGAUAUGUCUCACAUCAUUGGAUCAGUAACAGGGCUAUUGUUAUUGGUCUUGAUAAUUGCUGUUUUGGGAUAUUGCUUAGUCUCCAAAAAAAAAGCACUUUCAUGUUCUCCACCGACUAGAAAAACAGAUUUGCCUUUUUCCCCUACAGAGAAGCAGUGUGACAAAAAAAUAAGAAAUACAGAAUCACAGAACUCCAGUAACUCUGAACAAGAGGAACAGCAUCUCUUGGGAACUGCCAGGUCAAGCAGUAGCUCUCUGAAUAAUCAGGCUGGGUCUACAAUGGUCAGUGUAAUAAGUAACAAGAACAAUGAAAACAAAGAAAUGGAAGGAUUUCAGCAGCAAUAUUCAGCCGCAGAAGGUUGUAAGCUUCACAGCGGAGGCAGACACAACUCUGCAAGUUCAGAACACUCUGGUAAUGGAGGAACCCAGGUGAAUGUGACUUGUAUUGUUAAAGUAUGUAAUUCGGACUGCAGUUCCCAGUUCCCAGAACAGACUAGUUCAACUAGCAUGGAUUAUGGAAAUGCUCCCUAUUAUUCUCCAACAGGGGAAGAAAUUCCCCUUUCAAAAGAAGAAAACCCCUUGAAAAAAGAAACUGAAAUUCAGAUCUCAGUGGAAACCGAGGACAAUUUACUUCAAGACUUACUUCCGGAAGAAAAGAAGUUUCCUUUGGGUAUUCAAGAUGUGGGGAUGAAAACUAGUUAAAGGAGAUGACAGAUUACGUAUUGAGUGCCUGAUAAAAUUCACCAAACAACCUCUGAUCUUCUAAAAUAAACAUUAUGUUAAAUGUAGCAAUCCUACAGAGACUUGAAAUCUCAGACGAAUAUAGACAUGGGAUUUUUUGAGAUUUUAAAUCUCUUUUUUUGUUGGCCUUGAGAGUCAAAAGACAAUCUUUGCAGUUUAUAAGAAGCUACCACUCUUUAAUGCUUUCUUUUCUUUUAAACUGAAUGCCUUACCCUUCCCUUUCUUCUGUGAUACAUCUUGAUCAUACCUCAGAGGCCUUUGUUAGCUUUGAACAAAAACUGUUUUCUAACUUUAUGCCAUUGACUUUUCUGCUGAGACUUCUUGUGAUGAUAAUUUGGGUUCAUAUAUGCCACCUGUUGAGAACAUGACUGCAACCAGCCCUUCUGAGAGACUAGAAUUAAAUUAUCAGUCAUCCAAUGCUAAUAUGCUAUUCGUGUGGUUUUAACUUUAAAACUAUUGCAUUCAAUUUCUUAUCUUCAUGUAUGUAUAUCUACUAGCCCUUUGGAUAUUUUUAUUGUUAUGAUUUGCUUCCUUUUAUCCUUGGACCAAACUUUUCAAUUCAAGCUUAAGUAGAUUGAGGAGCAAAAUCUUUUACAGUUUCUCUACUAGAUUACAACUAUUCUGUUAUUUCAAUAGCUGUACAUAUUAUUUUAGAAAAGGAAAUCUAGAUUAAAAGUUUUUUAUCUUGAAGCAGACAGUUACAUUCCUCUUAUUGAUGGUUCUAAAGUCUGACAUCUUUGUGUCACGGCUGCUUUAAUAUGGUUCCCUGAUUGAUUCUGCCCUCAUUUCUGAGGCUGUCAAGGUUAACCAUAAACGCACAAUAUUUUUCUCUACGUUACAGUGAACAUUAGAGAAGAUCCAGACAGCUCACCCCCAUUGACCUCAGGUAAAGGACUAUCUCUUCGUGAUUGCAUGGCAUAAUCUGUGAAAAGUGGAAUUGAUUCAAAGCUCAGAACCAGAAAAUCCUGUUGUCCUCCGCUUGUUGAUCCACACUGGAGAUCCAUCCACCUCUUUACAGAAAAUUAGUAGAGGUUCUUCUUGAAUUCAGGUGGAAGUCUUUGCUUUUGGAAUUCCAUUUCUAGGUUUGCAUAUCCCAUAAUUAUGUUUUAUGUAUGUGGACUGAUUGACGGUUAUGGGGUCUAUAUUUAACCAGAAUUUGCAAUACGGUGUCUGAAUUAUAGUCAAGUGAAAUCAGACAGCAGUCAAAAUUUUUUCUUUUAUUCCAUGAAAACAUGCUGGCUUACCUCAAGAGUAACUAAAUACAUGUUAUUUCUGAGGCCUUAGGUUGAAAAAGGAUAUCUUGGAAUAGCAUUUAUUCUACAACUACAGAAAAGAUUCAGAAUUUAGUUCACGUGGAAGUUGAACAUUUAUAUUUCUGUCAGGCUUAUUCCCAUUCUGUCUGGAACUAAGGACUGGCAAACAGACUUUUAAUCCUACUAUGAAAACUUUGUAAAACCCUACUUUAAAUUUGUACUUGAAAGUACCUUUCAGAAAUGGAAACAGUGAUACUAUUACAAAAUUACAGGAUUGAUGCAAGAAAAGUACCUAAUUUUAUCUAAGCUUUGAACCUCCUGCACUGUACUGAACAUUUUCAUAUCUUGCUCAUCAGCUCCCAGUAUUGGGACCAUGUUGAAGAAGCAGCUGAAGAUUUUUGAAGUUUAAAACAUAUUUAAAAGGAUUUUACUGCUUAUGUCAGUAAAUUUAUUGGAUUUUCAAAUUAUGAAGCUGCAUGGUAGAAGGAAAAUCCAGGUUUUACGUUGGAAGUAUGAAAAAUGUGCUUGUGUUUGUUUAUAAAAAGUAAAAAAGUCUCUAUUUUUAUAAUGA